AUGAGCUCCGAGCAUUUGGUGUACGACGUGGAGAAAAGCAACAGCGUGGUCGUGCUGCGCGAAUCGCCGCGCAAAGAGGGGCCCUGGAAGUGUCUCGGGAUCUUUUCCUUCGUGCUCCUGAUCGGGGCCACCCUUGUUUUCGCCCUCUUGCAAUUCGGAGCUUUGAGACAGUCGGAAAACCAGGACUCCAAGGAAAACGGAAACUCAUUUUCCGAGCGGUUGCCACAUACCAUGAAAAUGCAAGCUCUGGUGUCCAGGAAACCGGCUGCCCAUGCCAUUGCUAACUUAACGCGCCACAACCAAUUGAUCUGGACUACAAGGGUGGCGCCUUCCAUGUUGGAGAACGGCAUGCAGCUAAAUGAGCUUGACAACUCCCUCGUCGUGCCUUCCACCGGGCUCUAUUUUAUCUACUCUCAGCUCUUGUUCCACGGAAAAGGCUGCACAAAACACCUGCUGCUCACCCACACGGUUUCGUGGUUGUCGGCAGAGUACAACAAAAAAGUGACCUUGCUGAAAUCCAUCAAGUCUGCCUGCGAGGGUGGACGUGACCCCUCAGGAAAGCUGUGGUUUGAAUCUAUUUAUCAGGGAGCUGUUUUCAAGCUGCACAGGGGAGACCGCCUGUGGUCCGAAACAGAUUUGCCUGAGCACCUGGACUUAACGCGAGGCAGGCAGAUCUACUUUGGGGUUAUUGCCAUGUAAGCAAAGAUUCUCACCGAAUGCCCUCUUGACUCAUAAUUACAAGUCGCUUAUUCCUCCUACCUUGGGCCCAGUAAUCCAAAAAAUACAAAUUAUCAAAAAUACAAACGGAGAGCCAGGGUUCUGCAUGGAUGUCCACUCUCAAGACUGGAAAGACCCCAUUGAAAGGAAGGGUCAGCGCUCUGAACUGGCACACGGUGUAGGAGGUUAUGGGCGGGUAGGGUCCUAGUAUUAUCUGUCUUUUUUAAAAUUAUGGCUUAUUCUUAAUCUUAUUUAUUUAUUUAUAUUUAUUUAUUUAUCC